GUGUGAAGAGAAGUGGGAGCCGAUCAUUUGCUUCCUCAGGUGAUAUAAAACAAUAUAGUCAUUACAGCAAGACGUCUGAGGCUUAUUACGCAAGCAAGAUAAUAAUCCGAAAUACUCUUGAUAUAUACGAAGAUGGAAAACGGUGUUUGUCUAUUUUUCAAGCGAGAAGUCUUUUCAACAGGAUCAUUUUUCAGUGUUGUUCAGCUAGACACUGGCAUGUCUCUCAUUAAUUAAGAGUUAUAUUAUCCAGAUAAAUAGAGCUGUUUCGCUGCGAAAAAUCUUUCCUUGUCAUCAAAAUUAGGCUGACCUUGCGAAAUUUGAACCCAUACCAGUUGCUCAUUAAGGUGGUGAAGUCUAAAUAUAAAGCAAUAGAGGUAUGCUUCGUAAACGAUAUAUAUAGCCAAACACACUACAUGCUUGACAUAUACAAGUGUAAUUGAAAAAUCUGCAGCUCGGAUGCAUCGAAAUCAAGUUGACGUUAUUGUAAGCAUCCCCACAUGUUUCCUUCAUAGAUUCGCCAUAUCCGCUUGUAUUGACCAUAUGCUCUCUGCCGACAAAAGUCAUGAUCUCCAUAUUGCGUGCUUAAAAAAGGUGAUCCGUAAUUUGAGCUCAGCGAAAAUUUCUGUGCAAUAUCCGGCGGCCUGAAGUAAUUCAGAGCUCUCGCUAAUGCUGACAUCUGACACAGUAUGUAAAUAUACAAUACCGAACACUAGUUACACUGCACGUGCCUUCCUUCUAGCUAAACUUUACCAAGCAGUGCACUGUAACGAUCAGCGCAGUGAGAUUUAUCCACAAUAUCAUAGCUACAUGUGCAUUAGACUUAAAUCUUCUUUUGUCAGAACACGAACUUGGCUUCGUUGUGUGGGACAUUUCACAAGAAUUUGUCCCCUUCUGAGCACAUCUAGAGUGUUUUCCCGCAACCCAGCAAAAAGCGACUUGAAACACUGUAAAAGGAUGCCGAUGACACGCUUUUUUUGCUGUGCUGUAUGUAAGAACGUUCCACGCCUUUGCAGUAUUAAAAGUACCAUUGCUCUGUGCACAUUCGAUUUCCGAAUCUAGUGCCUUUGCGACGCCACUUUGAAAACACCAAGCUAUAACUACAAGACGUUUAACAAGGCCACUAAGUGUGCUGUCAAAU